AUGUAUAUUAAAUCUGAGUUCUGUCUGUCUGUCUGUCCUGUUAGAGAGAGAGAGCAGCAGAACAGCACUACAGCACUAUCAUCAUCAAUCACAAUCACUAUCGAUGACAUAUUAAGUAGUCAGUCCAGCCUCUUCCUUCCUUUGUAUAGUAGUAGUAAUAAUAGUAAUAGCAAACCAACAACCAGUAGUAGUAGUAAAGAAGAAAAGAACAAGAACAAACUUCGAAACAAGUUUGAUAAGGUCAUUAUUAAAUCAAAUGGAGUAUGCUAUAUAACUGAAGGAAUCAUCGGUAAUGGUUCAUUUGGUGUAGUUACACAAGCCAUUGUAUCAGACACCAAAGAAGUUGUAGCAAUCAAAAAAGUAUUACAAGAUCAAAGAUACAAGAAUCGUGAAUUACAAAUAAUGAAAAUGUUAAAUCAUAUUAAUAUAGUACAAUUAAAAAACAGUUUCUAUACUUCUGAUAAUGAUGAAGUAUAUCUAAACUUGGUUUUAGAAUAUGUACCAGACACUGUUUAUCGUGUGUCAAGACAUUACACCAUUUCAAAACAACCCAUUCCAUUGAUUUACGUUAAAUUAUAUAUCUAUCAAUUAUGUCGAGCCAUUAGUUACAUUCACUCUUUGGGUAUUUGCCAUAGAGAUAUUAAACCACAAAAUUUAUUAUUAGAUACCAAUACUAGUAUUUUAAAGUUGUGUGACUUUGGAAGUGCAAAAAUCUUAAUCAAAGGAGAGGCAAACGUUUCAUAUAUCUGCUCAAGGCAUUAUAGAGCCCCAGAGUUGAUUUUCGGCUCGACAAACUAUACAACUUCGAUUGAUGUUUGGUCACUUGGUUGUGUAUUGGCAGAACUACUACUUGGGCAACCACUAUUCCCCGGUGAAAAUGGAGUCGACCAAUUGGUUGAAAUCAUCAAGGUGUUGGGAACUCCAACAAAAGAACAGAUUCAUGUCAUGAAUCCAUAUUAUUCACCAUUUAAAUUCCCUGAAAUUAAAGCAAAUCCAUGGUCAAAAGUAUUUAAAUCAAAAGAUGUACCAAAUGAAGCAAUUGAUUUAAUAUCAAAAAUUCUUCAUUAUGAUCCAUCAUCACGUCUCAAACCAACUGAAAUUUGUGCGCAUCCAUUCUUUGAUGAGUUGAGAGAUCCAAAGACCACCCUACCCGAUGGCAAACCACUACCACAACUUUUUAACUUUACUGUUGCCGAGCAGUUGGCCAUGGGCGCCAAAUUGGCCAAGGUCCUCAUCCCCAGCCAUGCCAUGCACACCAUUGAGCAGCCAUCACCUCUCUUCCCCAAUCAAACCCUAUCAUCUUCUACCACCACUCCCACUCCAUCACCAAACUCUAACAAUAACAAUAAUAACAAUAAUAACAACAAUAACAAUGUCACAAACGCAUCUUCUCCUCAAGGUACAACUUCAUCAUCCUCGGGUAGUGGCGGCAAUACAAGUACUAGCACAACCACGACAGAAUCAUCAUAA